CUCUCCCUCUGGCAUGCAAAAUUUUAUCCCUCCCCUAGUAGUGUCUAGUGAACGGAAAGGCAUCCUCCAUGGGCGUUGGAGGAUGUGUUUAUAAAAUGCGCUCCCCUUGCCUUGCCACCCCAAGGUCGUUUCAGAACCACCACAACACCUGCUCUCUCGCUCCUUGAGCAGCCUUCUCGUGUGUUGUUCCAGUUCCAGUUUCAGCGUCAGCUCGAUCGGCACUGAAGAAUCUGUUCACCCGGAUCGAUAUAGCCAAAGGCCCAAAGCUCGAUCGAGCAAGAAGAGAGAGCGGCUAUGGCGACGAGGAUGAUGAUGGACAGGCAGCAGCUCGUGAGGCAAUGCGACAUGGAGGUCAUGAAGAUGGCCAUGCUCAAGCACGAAGAAACCUUCAGGCAGCAGGUCCACGAGCUGCACCGCCUGUACCGCAUCCAGAGGGAGCUGAUGAGCGACCUGACCCGAGACGUCGACGCGCCGGCGCUGCUAACCACCACCACCCGCCGGCGCAGCAAGCAGCCACGGCGGGCGCUGAACUUGCAGCUCCCGGCCGACGAGUACAUCGUCAGUGCCGACGAGGACCACGACCACGCCGCCGGCACGGAGCUAGAGCUGACGCUCGCCAUCGGCGGGCGCUGCUCAUCAGCCGCCGGCACUGGCAGCCGUCGCAAGAACCACAGGAGGAGGCAGCGCGACAACGCCGGUAGUGGCGGCUCCUCCUCGCCCUUCGGGUCCGACUGCUCCGGCGCCAGCGUCCUGUCGUCGUCGUCGCCGCCGUCGUCCGCCGAGUACUACUCCGACGACGGGCCGGCGGUGUUCCACGCGCCGCCGCCGCCGCCGCCGCCGCCGUGCCAGAGGGCCGUGGCGUUUGACCUUGGAGAAGGCAUGAUGAUGAGGCAGCACGCGCCGUGGCUGCUGCAGUGCCAGCAGUACCUCAGCCUGAGGAUGACAUGAAAACCUGCAGCUGCAGCAAGCAGCUCACCGUCCAUGUCGAUGUCCAUCACACUGUACCAGGUUGCGUUGUGUUGUAGAAGAAGCAGUAGCAGCCACUAGUUUUUUAUUUAUUUAUUUUUCUGUUGUUUUUGCCUUUUGUGUGUUUGCUAGGUGGCCAAUGGAGUCCGGGGAAGAAGGGUACGGUUGUGUCCUAAUCCUGAUUCCUGAUCCACAGAUGUUAAUUGAUCAUGACUAAUGAGUGCAUCCUGAUUGAUUAAUAAUGUUCAGAACUUCA